GAGAAUACAACCUCAAAAAUUUAAUCUUCACUUCACCACCGCGAAUUUCCUUGAUUCUCCGUUGGGGCGAUAUACACUAUACCUGCUUGCCACAAUGGCGCGCUCACUACUAGCCCACCUCACUCGCACAAUCCCGCGAAAAUCUCUCUUCAAAGAUUCCCUGAAUCCGUGCACCCCGGCAUCAAGGCGAGGCAUAAAUGUCAUCAGAUACGCCCCAACACAACACCCCAGGGGUCCCAAGAAAUCGCAUGAGGUGGACUGGAAAUUAAUACCGCGAGCAGAGCACAGGAUUCAAUGGAGACACUUGGUAGUAAAGUACAUUGAUACCCAUACGCAUUUGCAUUCUACGCUUCAGCAGAUGAAGGAUGUUUGUAGAUCUUCCCUCCAUGAGUUUUGUUUUAUUUUAUUUUAUUCUCCCUACUAUCCAUCCGGGGGCGAUUGGAUUCGCUAAUGGGACCUCCGGGGGGGGGUGUUUGUUAGGCAUUCAAUGAUGGGUCAGUACCGGGUACUAGAAUUGACAGCUUCGUGGAGAACUUCUUUCCGGAGCAGUGCACCACGGUGGUGGACGUCUUGGGGAACAUGGAAAAUCCGGAAUUAUACGCUUCGGCGGUGAGGCUGCAAUGGCGGGAGGGAUUUAAUUACUAGUGUGCACCUCCACCCCUCGCUAGGGACCAUCUAACAUCCCCGACAGUUUUGCCAUCGGUGCGCACCCCUAUAACGCCACAGACUACAACAAUAUCACCCACGGCUCAAUCCUCAGAACCCUCGAACACGAACAAUGUGUUGCCCUAGGCGAGUGCGGGCUGGACUACUUCCGCACGGACUCGGGGACCUGGCCCACCCAGCGGCAAGUCUUCAUCCGCCAACUCAGAGCUGCAGUCCCCAUCCGGAAGCCAAUUCUGAUCUACACCCGUGACGCCGAGCGUGACACAUUCUCAAUCCUACACGACCAUGUACCCGCCGAUCACAAACUGCACAUACAAUCGUUCACAGGCUCGCGGGAGUUCGGGCUGAAGGUGUUAGAUCACUGGCCAAACAGCACUCUAGGCAUCACGGGUGCGAUAACAUAUAGCGGGUCGCAGCACAUUGCGGAGAUGAUCGAGAAUGAUGAGCUUCCGCUAAAUAGGAUAAUGCUAGGGAGUAAGAGCCCGUUUAUCGUCCCAAAGCAUAUUUAUCCAUAUAUCGCGAAGACCACACGGCCGAAGUUGAAGAAGGAGAAGCUUGCCAUUGGACACUCUGGGAUGCUGCCUAUUGUUGCAGAGGUGGUCGCUGGGCUUGCCAAUAAGGCUUUGAGGAAGAAGGGGAGACGGAUGGUGGACGGUUACAUGCACAAGAUGGAUAGUAUCCUCAAGAAUUCAAAUGAGGUUGCGGAGAAGUUUUUUGGGAUCAAAGUGUAGGAAGAAGAAGGCGGGGGGAACGGGGGCGGGGUGUUCUCGUUCGAUUGUAUCCAUAGAUAGACUUAAGACCCCUAGUAUUUGGUGGCUUCUUGUUUUAUAUUCUCGCUUCCGAUUCUUUCUGGGAAUAUUUUAUCGGUGGGGGGAUUUCUCAGUUGCUAGGCCUUAUACUAUCUCCCCAAUAUUACUCUGUACUUUUUACCUUG